AUGACCAAAUUGAAAGACAAACACAAACAGUUGUAUGAUAAAGAGGAUUUGUUUUGUCUAUUAAAGUUCCUACGAAACACACGAUUCCACCCCCUCUAUGUGUCCAAAAACACUUUGGGUGCUAUAGUGGAGGGAGGUGCCGGUGAGAAGAUGAUGCACUUUGAGAAGUACAUCUCUUCGAGAUUGCCAGGACUUCUGGUUGAGUUGUAUGAGGCCAUCUUCAAAGCCAACUCCCUUGCAUCUGAUGAAGAUCGAGCAUUGUUUAACACAACAUUUGGAAAGAAUUUGUAUGAGAGACAAAAUCAGUGA